CAAAGAGAGAUCGCUUUGCCUUUUGCCCUUUUCGCUCCUCGCAAACCUUCUUCCGAAUUCCACCAACCUCGAGCCUCCGCCCUAUAUAUCGCCCUCUGGUUUCCAAUUCGGCGAUCCAACCCAGCCCCUUUGCGCCCGCCGACGGAGGUGUCCCAAUCUAACCAGCUAGGUGGCAAUCAGCCUAGAUAGGCGGCUAGCAAUCGAGGCGGCGGCGGUUGCUGAGAGAAGAGCGGAGAGGAGGCAGCAGCCGCAGGCGAUUAGGUAGUGGGGAAAGCAUGGAGAGCUCGACCUCGAGGACGAGCCUGAAUUGCAUCAGCCUGGCGGACCCGGACAUCCAGAGAUCGGUCGCGCUCCUAAAGCAGGCAUGUCUGGAUUCAGGCUUCUUCUAUGUGCUGGAUCAUGGCAUAAGCCAGGAAUUCAUGGACGAGGUUUUUGCCCAGAGCAAGAUGUUCUUUAAACUUCCCAACAGUGAAAAAAUGAAGCUUCUCCGAGAUGAGAAGAAUCGAGGAUACACACCUAUGCUAGAUGAGAUUCUUGAUCCAGAAAAUCAAGUGAAUGGUGACUACAAGGAAGGGUAUUAUAUAGGUGUUGAGGUACCUGCAGAUGAUCCACAAUCAAAAAGGCCAUUUUUUGGUCCAAAUCAGUGGCCUCCUGAAGAAGUAUUGCCCAAAUGGAGAGAGGUGAUGGAGCAAUAUCACAGGGAAGCAUUGAGAGUGGCAAAAUCAGUUGCAAGGAUCAUUGCUCUUGCUUUGAACCUCGAUGCGGACUUCUUUGACAGACCUGAAAUGCUGGGCGAUCCCAUAGCCACAUUAAGGCUCCUGCACUAUGAAGGUGGACGAGAAACAGGUCAAGUGUCAAAUCCUUCUAAGGGCGUUUAUGGAGCAGGUGCACAUUCGGAUUAUGGCCUGAUCACUCUCUUAGCAACUGAUGAUGUCGUUGGUCUCCAAAUAUGCAAGGACAGGAAUGCUCAGCCUCAAGUAUGGGAAUAUGUAGCUCCUGUGAAAGGAGGAUUUAUUGUCAAUCUUGGCGAUAUGCUUGAACGGUGGAGUAACAGCAUUUUCAGGUCAACUCUACAUCGAGUGGUCCUUGACGGACGAGAGCGGUACUCAAUUGCCUACUUUGUGGAACCAAGCCACGACUGCGUAGUCGAGUGCCUGCCAACCUGCAAAUCCGAGACAAAUCCUCCAAAGUUCCCUCCAAUAACCUGCUCCGCGUACCUAUCCCAGCGCUACAAGGACACACAUGCAGAUCUGGGCUCUUACAGCGACGGCAAAGCCUGAAAGUAGCGCUUCCAUCGUUUUGUUUCAGUCUAUUUAGUAUGACAUGUAACAUUGCAAAUGACAAUAAUAAUACCCUUAGGGCGGAGAAGGUAAUGUAAGUACUAAUGUGCGAGUAUCAGUGUAACCAUAGUUGUGCAGAUGGUAUUGAUCAUCAAAAAAACAGUGUCUUUCUUUC